AUGCCUCAGCAAGAGCGAGUCCCUUCGGCCUGGGAGCUUGUCGGUGCCUCCAACACGGAGCCCAGCGUACAGCUGCAAUCUACCGGCCAAGAUUUGCCAUUUACCUUCAAGUUUGAGCUCAUCGCCUCCAAUGUAUUUCGAACAACAUUCUCAUCAGAGUCGCAUCCCCUACCCCCUCAUCCUAGUGUCAUAAUUCCACCCUCGGAACAAAAGGUCCUGAAGGCCAAUACUUUGGUUGGGGGCGGCGGUACCAGCAAAGAGAUUCGCAUUGGGGACAUCGUUGCCAAUGUUGACUGGACCGAAUCUUCACCACUUGUCGGCAUCUCAUAUGCCGGCUCCAAGGAGCCACUACAUAGCGAUCUUCCUCACAGAUCCUAUGUCGUUGAUGGGCAAGGCAUUGCGCACUACUCCCGCUAUAAGCGCGGGACUCUACACGUUGGUCUUGGUGAAAAGGCCGCGCCCAUGAACUUGUCAGGUAGACGAUUCGAACUAUCCGCCACGGACAGCUUUGGCUACGAUGUCUACAAGACGGAUCCGUUAUACAAAAAUAUUCCGCUCCUCAUCAAUGCAACACCCGCCGGCUGCGUUGCGCUCUUUUCAACCAGUCAUGGGAGGGGAAAAUACUCUAUCGGUGCCGAAAUGGACGGCAUGUGGGGACACUACAAGGUGUAUCGACAGGACUACGGUGGUCUAGAAGAGAUUGUGAUUGUCGGCAAGACUCUGAAAGAUAUUGUCACAACAUAUGCCGAGUUCGCCGGGUUCCCGUUGCUGGUCCCUCGAUGGGCGUUCGGCUAUCUGUCUGGAGGCAUGAAGUAUUCCAUGCUCGACGAUCCACCUGCAUCCGAGGCACUUCUCGAGCUGGCUCGAAAAAUGAAAGAGCACGACAUACCCUGCUCUGCAUAUCAGAUGUCCUCGGGCUACACUGUUGCAGAACAGGAGCCCAAGACGAGGAAUGUGUUCACAUGGAACCGGCAUCGCUUCCCAGACCCGCAAGGAUGGAUCAAGGAAUAUCACAAGCUCGGUAUGCGAUUAAUUGCGAAUGUGAAACCCUAUGUUUUGGCAAGUCACCCAGAAUACCAGAAGCUCAAGGAUUCAGGGGCUUUAUUCACAGACCCUCACACGAAGACCACAGCCGUCACCCGCCUUUGGAGUGCUGGUGGUGGUGAAAGUGAUGAGGGCGGUCACAUCGACUUCACCUCCGCGGCCGGCUUUAGCUGGUGGUUCAAUGGAGUUAAAAAACUUCGGGAGCAAGGCAUUGACUGUAUCUGGAACGACAACAAUGAGUACGCGAUUACCGACGAUGGCUGGCAAUGCGCUCUAGACCAGCCCUCCCUAGAAGUGCCAGAGGGUCUCGAGGGGCGUCGGGACGUCGGCCUUUGGGGACGCAGUUUGCAUACAGAGCUACAUGGCAAAGCUUCGCACGAUGCACUGCUCGAGGCUGAUCCAGAUAACCGACCAUUUGUCCUUACUCGAAGUGCCACGGCUGGUACAAUGAGAUAUGCAUGUAGCUCCUGGAGUGGUGAUAACAUCACUAGUUGGUCAGGCAUGAAAGGUGCAAACGCAUUGUCACUCACGGCCGGCAUGUGUCUGAUGCAGUGCUACGGCCAUGAUAUUGGUGGAUUCGAAGGGCCGCAGCCAUCUCCCGAGCUGUUGCUUCGAUGGGUACAGCUUGGUAUCUAUUCCCCCCGGUUUGCCAUCAACUGCUUCAAGACUGGAGAUGACAAUAAUGUUGGCGAUGUCAUCGAACCAUGGAUGCACCCAUCAAUUACACACCUAGUCAGAAAAGCGAUCAAGCGCCGGUAUGCAAUGAUACCUUAUUUAUACUCGCUUAUGCUGGUGAGUCAUCAAACGGCCAUACCACCACAAAGGUGGACAGGUUGGGGAUAUGAGUCUGAUCCCGAAGUCUGGACUCCCGAGAUCAUGGAUGGCGAGUGUCAAUACUGGCUUGGCGAUUCAAUCCUGGUUGGAGGUGUUUACGAACCAGGCGUAAGCCGCGCCAGAGUCUAUCUGCCGAAACAAUCUGAAUCUGAUGAAGGAUUCCUCAAUCUCAACGCACCAUACCAGCAUUUUCAGUCUGGCCAGUGGAUCACAAUCGAUGCGGAAUGGCAUGGGGCUGGCAUCCCAGUCCUUGCUAAAGUCGGGACCGUCAUACCAAUUGGGCGUGACGUUCAAGUCCUUUCUCCGGGAGAAAAGGAAAAUGUGGCCGAUUUACCCCUAGAUGACUACCGCGCCGUCGAAAUUUUUCCUCCGCCAGGGAAAAGUGCUAAAGACUGGUAUGUGUGCGAUUGGUACGAAGAUGACGGAGUGUCAACUGUGUCCAAGGUCAAGAUUUCCAAGUAUACUAUUUCGUACAACGCUACGGAAUCUCAAGUGCGCAUCCAUUUCAUCCGGGAAGAGAAAUCGGGUUUCGUCGCUCCUUGGAAGACACUUGUCGCGAUUCUUCCUGCUGGAGACUUGAGAGCUGUUGUUUCAGAGGAUGGUAUGGAAGUUCGUGCUAUCAGGACUGACGAGCAAGGUCGCCGGCAUUUCGAGCUCAGUCGGUAG